GCCGUCGCAGGACCAGUCGCAGGAGCGCGUUAGUUUAGCGUGUUCGUGUUUCCACUGUUCUGUCUUUCUUCGGCGUCUCAAAAUUCCCAUAAUGUCAAUUUAAGUGAAGUGUCGCACAUUAUUUUAUUCGGUUUUUGACGCGGAUGAUGGACGACAACACAUUAAUCUAUCCCAGGACGAAUUAUCCUUAAAUUUUUUUCACGAUGAAAAAGUACUAGUGGCGUACACCACCUGCAAUAACGCGCACAGCAAGGGAUUAAAACCUGAAUUUCAGCACAGACUACGGUGAAAGGCUGCGCGAGGCAAGAUGGGAUGCUUCGGCAGCAAAGACAAGCUGUCCAAGGAAGAUAUGGAUUUUUUGAAAAGCCACACUCGUUAUGACGAAAGUACAAUAAAAGAAUGGUACAAAGGCUUUAAGCAAGACUGCCCAAAUGGACGUUUGACCCCAGCUAAAUUCGUAGACAUGUACAAGAUGUUCUUCCCAUCUGGAAAUGCCGAAGAAUUCUGCGAUCAUGUUUUUAGAACUUUUGAUAUGGACAAAAAUGGCUACAUCGACUUUAAGGAAUUCCUGUUGGCGAUCGAUGUGACGUCGAGCGGCACUCCAGAAGAAAAACUAAAAUGGGCUUUUCGUAUGUACGAUGUGGAUGGGAAUGGUGUUAUAGACAUCCAGGAAAUGACUAAAAUCGUUCAGGCGAUUUACGACAUGUUGGGGGCCUGUUCGUCGAACCGCCCUGCCGAUUCGGCCGAAGAGCGAGCAAAGAACAUCUUUGCAAAAAUGGACGAGAACAACGACGGCCAAUUGACACAAGAUGAAUUUCUCAAAGGAUGCUUGCAGGACGAAGAAUUAUCGAAAAUGUUAGCUCCUUAAUGUGCAGCAGCGUGAAAAGAGCCGUUUGCGUUUAUCACAAGAAGACUCUUGUCAGAUCACGGGUACAUUUUCAUAUACUUUCGAAUCGAAACCAUCCGAGAUUUGUAGUAAUGUGCAUGAGUUUUUAACAUCGAUCACAUUUAUUGCCCCAUUUCGGUUGAUUUAGCUCUGAUUAUGGUAUCGUUUUAUUACGGAUUAAGAGGUGAACAAUUUUAAAAAAUACGACCAAGUAACUAAACUGAUUACAGGGUGUUUGAUUUGCAUGAUUUUGACAAUGACUGACAAUCGAUUUCUUAUUGGUACUAACACCCUGAUAAAGACCAAGUCUUAAAUGAUAAAAAUCUAAAGUCAAUUAUUUGUAAAGAAGACGUUUUUAGUGCGUUGCAAGGUAGGUAGGUAGUGUGUAGCGAUCGAAGUUUGUCGUCAACCGCGUUCGUGUUUCUCAUGAGAAUAAUUUCAUUGAUUUAGUUCGAAACUGCCAUAUUUUUCUACGUAGAAACCAGUUUGCGUGAUUUUAAUCCGUAAUAAGAGCAUGCCGCUUGAGGUUUGUUUGGGUUACUCUCAACAUUUCGAAAGUUAUUUUUUUAAUUGUUCGAUUUGGUAAUUAAAAAUGUACUUAGAACUUAGACAAAUCGGGUGCACAGGUCGGUUUAUGGGUGUUUAUAAUAUGGAUGUAUUUACCAUUUUAAGCAUAUCAUGAGUGUUACUCUCCCUGUGUAGUGGCCCAUCCGAAUUUAUGGAGUUACUUAUUUGCUCGAAAAAAACUGUAAAAAGUGUUAACUCAUUGGCGAAUUUUUAUGUAAUCUAUCCAUUUAUAAAAGUAUUUGUUUUUAAAUCACAUAAAUUACUCAAUUUUCUUCUAAACACCAUAACAAUACAGAAAUUUUCCGGAAAAUUAAUAACUGGAUUUUUUUGCCACCAAAAAUAACCUCAAAUAUUUAGUAAAAUUAUAUUUUAAACAUCAAAAACUAAGACUUACUUACUUGAACUUGAUUGGCAAAAACGUGUCAUUAAUGACGUUUUUGACAAUGAUUCGAAAAAAUUUCUGGAAACAAUCAAUGCGCUCGGGAUAUUAUAAGUGAAAAAACAUGAUAGAAAAACUGUUAAAGUCAUUAAAAGAAAAUUGAAAUUUUGUGGCAAAAAUAGUGUUUUUUGGACUAUUUUUCAAAAUGUGUUGUUUUUUCAAUGAAAUAAGUUGAUAUUAUUGAGAGCAAAUUAAGAAAUUGACAAAUUUACAUAAGUAAAAAAAUUUUACACACACAAUUUUUAAAAACACCAACGGCACAUGAAAAAAAAUGCAAUAAUUACACUUUAUUUAUUAUUCACUUUAUUUACGACUGUGUUAUCGAAUUUUCAUCGUUUUGGUUGCUUUUUAUGUCAUGACAAAUUUACAUGACAAUUAAUAUCGAAUUAAGAAAUCGGAACAUUACAAUUUUUUUUAUAAGAAAACAAACAUUGUAUUAUACAUUUUUUUUCGUACUAAAAAGUUGAAAGCUAUCAAUUUUAGUGAAAAAACCAUCAGUUUAUUACAGUUAAUUUUCAAAUGUACGUAUCAAAAAAAUUUUUUGUACUUGAUUCGAUUUGUAGUUUUUUUUUAAUUGUGUUGUUUUUUUAAUGAAAAAAAUUGAUAUUAUUGAGAGCAAAUUAAAAAAUUAUUAUUCUGGAUAAUCAACAAUGACUGCUAAGUCUGGAGUUUUUUUUUGCAAUUAUUGCAAAACUGCUGCUAGUGGAAUAAAAAAAACCCUAAUGAAAUUUUAUAUUUCUUAAUCUCCAAUAUUGUUUUAUGGAAAUACAGGGUGUUUUGGAAUUGUUAAUAAAAACGUAUUGAUGAUUUUUAUAAAAUAAUGAGUUUUUUCUACUAAUUUAUUUUCAAAAGUGAAUAGUUUUUGUUUGUUUAUUUAUUAAAGGCUACAAAUGCAAUAGUUUUUUUUUCAACAAAUCAAAAUUAAAUUUCGAUAAACAAUUUGCAUAAUUGUUAGUUAAAUAUAUUUUUUUCUAAAAAAAUACAAGGUGUUAAAUCGGGUGAUUCUUUUCUUUUCCAUUAUUAUACAAAAUUGUUUUUAUUUGCAAUAUCGUUUUUUGUAUUAAAAAAAUUCUUAAUUUUAGUCAAAAAACCAUCAGUUUUUUACAGUUAAUUUUCCUAUCAAAAAAUUUUUUUGUUUAUUUAUCAUUGUACUC